UCUAUAAAUUGAACAUCUUCUUAACAUCAGAAACCACAGGUCUGGCACCGUUCUAGCUAUUUAGGGUAUCAGAAAUGGUGUCCACACCUCAACCCACUUUACUUCUUUCCUUCUUAGCCUUUGUACUGCUACUCCAACCAUCCCAUGCUGGCAAAAUCACAACCUACUGGGGCCAAAACGUCAAUGAGGGAUCCCUCUCUGCAACCUGCGCCACUGGAAAAUACUCCUACGUGAACAUCGCCUUCCUUGACAAGUUCGGCAGCGGUCAAACCCCUGCCCUCAAUCUUGCUGGCCACUGCUCCCCGUCAUCUGGUGGCUGCUCCAGCAUCAGUGUUGACAUUAAAAACUGCCAAGGGAGUGGCAUCAAGGUGAUGCUCUCCCUUGGUGGCGACUCUCAGAGCAACACUAUCUCUUCUACAGCUGAUGCGAAAAGUGUUGCUGACUACUUAUGGAACAAUUUCUUGGGUGGGACAUCGCCGUCCCGGCCUCUAGGCGAUGCCAUUUUGGAUGGUAUAGAUUUUGCGAUCGUCACAGGAUCACCAGAACACUGGGACGAUCUCGCCCGGGACCUAUCGGAUUAUGGCAAGGGAGGAAAGAAGGUGUACUUAACGGCAGCUCCCCAGUGUCCAUUUCCUGACCACAUUCUUGCUCCUGCCCUUAACACUGGCCUGUUUGACUAUGUUUGGAUUCAGUUUUACAACAAUCCUCCGUGCGAGUAUACUUCUGGGAAUAGCCAGAAUUUGAAGAAUGCAUGGAACCAGUGGAGUUCGUCCAUGAAGGGGCAAAUCUUCUUAGGAAUACCAGCUGCGCUGGAGGCUACUGGGGCAGCAGGAGGGUUUAUUCCAACUGAAGUGCUGACUUCCGAGAUCCUUCCAAUGAUCAAAGGGUCUCCCAACUAUGGAGGGGUGAUGCUUUGGUCCAGGUUCUAUGAUGGGAAGACUGGAUACAGCGACUCCAUCAAGAACAGUGUGUAAUACAAGUGCAUGUUCUGCCUGUAAAGCGUCCAUGACGUGCAAAACAAUAAGUUGGAUUCUAGCUAUAUGCAUCCUUUGCUCUUAUGAUUAUCUAUUGUAGUUGGACUUGUUGAGGCCCUAGCUAGCAGGAAAAGUAGGGAAAUCUGUGCCCUUAUAAAAAAUAUCAUCUUUCUAUUUUGAUUGGAUUA